AUGAGCAGCGACGGCGGCGACGAGGAGAGGAAGUACAAAGGAGUCCGGCGCCGGAAAUGGGGGAAAUGGGUGUCGGAGAUUCGGGUCCCGGGUUCCCAGGAACGGCUCUGGCUCGGGUCGUACUCUUCCCCUGAAGCUGCAGCGGUGGCUCACGACAUUGCCUCCUACUGCCUCCGAGGGGGUUCGUCUCAAAAGGGGUUCAAUUUCCCGGUGAAUUCGCUGCCGGCGAGCGUCCGGCCGGACAUGUCGCCGAGGUCCGUGCAGAGGGCGGCGUCCGAUGCCGGGAUGGCCGUGGAUGCGCAGAUGAUACUGCGGAAUUCGUCCUCGCCGCCGCCGGCCCCGGAGAUGUCGUCGGGGACAUCCUGGGGCGGGGGUGGUGGUGGUGGGAGGUGGGAUGGGGACGGCGCCGGAAGUUCGGCCGGAGGGGAUUUGCUGAACGUAUCGGUAGAAGAUUAUUUCUGA